UACCUUCCCUUUGCAUUUCUAAUUGCCGUCUACCUAAGAUUUCCUUUGCUGAUAGCGGGGCAAAGAAUAUCGAUAAGCGCAGAGAUUCAACUGCCCCGCGGCCCCGCCAAAGAUUGAUUCUGCAAGUGCAAGUGCAAGUGCUCUGACGCACUGACGCGAAACUGCAAAAGGAGGGGCAAAGUGCAAGCGCAAGCGCAAGGGCCACAUUGAGAAGCCCUAAUCCGCCAAAACUUCGGUCCUUUUUUUUCCAGUUAAUCCUUCUCCAGAUCUUUUCAAUACAACAAGGGCCAAAAAAUUGCGACGAGCCCCUCCACGGCUACGAUCCCCACGAUACUAUUCGCGACAUCGUCCUUGUGCCACACCACAUUUCCACGAUGAGCGGAUUAAGAAACGGUGCCGCGCCUGUGCGCACCAUCGAGGAUGACAGCGAUGUUGAGGAGGAAGCCCUCGUGGCUGACUACCAAGAGCAGGUCCAGUAUGAAGAUGGUAUGGAAGAAUUGGAGCAAGUCAAUUCUUUGACUAUGGCUCAGCAAACCGAUGAUAUCCAGUCCAGACUCGUCGCUGCUGCUCAACCUUUGGACUUCUCCGCCCCCCUCGAAGUCAAAUUCCAAAGCUACGAUUCUUACUGCAACCUAUUCCACUUCAUCCUUAACUCGGAUGGCCCCGUUGAUCUGGAGCCUCCCUCGCACUACUGGGCCUGGGAUGUUAUCGACGAGUUCAUCUACCAGUUCAACAGCUUCUCCUCUUACCGACUAAGAAUCGCAAGACAAGCGAGGGACAAUGAGGAAGAGAGACAGAUUCUACGCGAGAACCCCAACACAUGGGGCUGCUAUAGUGUGCUUAACGUACUGUACUCUCUGAUCCAGCGAUCGCAAAUUACCGAGCAGUUGGCCGCCAUGAAGCGUAACGAGGAUCCCGCCGCCGUCGCUGGAGAGUACGGCUCCAAGACCCUAUACCGAAUGCUUGGGUAUUUCUCCAUCAUCGGACUGCUACGCGUCCACUGUCUCCUGGGAGAUUUCAGCCUAGCGCUGAAGACCCUCGAUGACAUCGAGCUUAACAAGAAGGCCAUGUUUGCGCGCGUCAUGGCCGCCCAUUUCACGACCUACUACUACGUAGGCUUCUCCUACAUGAUGAUGCACCGAUAUGCCGAUGCCAUCCGCAUGUUCAGCCACAUUCUUGUCUACGUAUCGCGUACCAAGAACUUCCAGAAGAACGCCCAAUACGAUUCGAUCACCAAGAAGAAUGAUCAGAUGUACGCUCUCAUUGCCAUCUGCGUGGCCUUCCAGCCGACCCGUCUGGACGACACCAUCCACACCGCUCUGAGGGAGAAGUACGGAGACCAGCUGCUCAAGCUACAGCGAGGUGGCCCCGAGUCUCUACCGAUCUUCGAGGAGCUAUUCAAGGCUGCCUGCCCCAAGUUCAUCUCGCCGGUUCCCCCUGACUUCGAUAACCCCGAGGCCAACGUGGACCCGAUCGACCAUCACCUCUCCAUCUUCAUGGACGAGGUCAAGACCAACAUGUGGAACCCUACCGUGAAAUCUUACCUGCGCCUCUACACGACUAUGGAUCUUAAGAAGCUCGCUGGCUUCCUAGAGGUGCAGCCGGAAGAGUUACGCUCUUGGCUGCUAGUCAACAAGCAGCGCACUAAGCAGCUGCGGUGGACCGAUCAUGCCCUACUAGAAGGAGAAUGGGUCAACGUGAGCGACCUGGAUUACGCUCUGCAAGGAGAUCUAAUUCACAUCUCGGAAGCCAAAGUUGGACGCAAGUUGGUGGACUGGUACCUCCGCAACCUGGCACGGACGUACAAUUAAGAUCAUCAAAGAGAGAUGUUCUCAAGGCCAAAGGAUUAGAAAGGGGAACGUAAGGGGGGCGGGUCCUUUCACGGGUUUCGUCUCCAGUUUGCAUUGCACAGGCGUAAUGGGAUAUUUGUAUGUCACUCUCUCCGACCACGGGAGACAGGCGGGCUGGCAGGCAAAAGAGUGACCGGCAAAAAGAAAGAUAUCGGCUGGUUGUAUGUAGAAAACGAACGGGGGCUACUCGUCCAGUUUGUUUUUUUUAUUUUCAAGUCUCAUGAACAGAUAUAGUAAUCAAAUGACUGAUUGACUGAUUUCUUUGACUUGUAUACACGUAUAUACUUUUUGUCCAUCGCAGUGUUGUAGUUUUGGCAAUUGGAGUUUUUCUUCUAGGUCUGCACAUAAUAUGAUGCGAGGUAGGUUUACGUAGAUCAGGAGGUUAGAAGAGCUUUUUCUUCAACGCCGCAGCCAAGACCCGGGUGCAGCGUACAUGUACACGUAUAGGCAGAGCGCGUCGUAGUGUAAUAUACUCAGUAUACGCGGGUAGCGGAAGAC